GUGGCAUUUGUGGCAAUCGGUGCAACAAUGGUGGGGUCAAUCGUUUUCACCAGAAAAGAAGGGGAUGUUGUGAAGAAGGGUGAUGAGUUCGGAUUCUUCAAGUUUGGAGGAAGUACCUGUAUCUGUGUCUUCAAGGAG